AUGUGGUCGUCCACAAUAAUCUUGGUUUUCCUCGUUCCAUUUGCAAGAUCUGGCCGCUUCGAAGAUGACCUUGUCCAUGUUUCAGCAGAAAUUUUGGCUGAGAUGUAUUGCCCUCAAUGCAAACCAAUAAAAACUGGAGAUUUCAAGAGUUACUGGGUCAUUUAUCACUACUGGCAAGGUGAACAUUAUCUACAGCAGAGUAGGUUUUUUUGAUAAUAAGGUAUUUUAAAAUACGAUCUGCCUAAAAUAACAGCUUUUUCUAUUUUUAUUUUCAGCUCACAUUGACCAAGAAAUGAACGAAGGAGUUCGCAUUAUGCCUCGAGGCUUUGUGGAGAUGGUUUUACAUCCGGUUAUUUUGAAUGGACAAUACGAACCAAUCAUGGUGGAGCAGGAGAAUGGAGAGUAUUUGAAAAUGUACCAGGUGUAAGUUCGGGGGAUUUUUUUUUGUAAGCGGAUGAUAUCUCAAAAAUCAGACUUUUUGAAAGAGAUUCGAAAACUUUGAUGGUCUCUCCUCAUUUUCCAUAGUCUCUCACCUGUAAUGAUCGUUUAAUAUCUCGACUGGCCCUAAAAAGCUUGAGCCAAAAUUUUUUGGAACUGAUUUGCAGUCUAGCAGAAGUUUUCACUCAAAAUUUAAAAAAAAUCGAUAACAAAAAAUAAUAAUUUUUACUCUCACAAAAAGCCUUUAUUUUUAGCCCCAACGCCAAGGACACGUACAAGUACCAGCCUUACGAAGGCCUCGUUUUCAAAGAACCUCAACUUUGCAAGCCCACUGUCCGUCAAAGGGGCCAAUUCGAAGAAAUCGACCUAGACAAAUAUUUUGUCUACAAAGAUCAUUACAUCGCUUCAUUAGACCGGGCAAUCGACGUGAAAACAGCUUGCAACAAGGACAUCAUUGAGACCUCGCCUCAUGCUUAUUUCAAGGCCAAUGGCCCUAAAGGCUACAACGAAAAAUGGCUAAAGGAUUGUUUUGUAAGUUGCUCAACUUUAAAAAAAAAUUUUAAAAUCAUUUUUAUAAAAUUUUCAUGACUUUUCAUCAUUGUAAAAAGCAUAUUUUAGGAUAAGAAGAUCCCAGGAAGCUGUGUAAUCAAUUUGGACUCGGAAAAUCCAUUUUAUCGGACGCAAAAGUAUCCAAUUUACAUGAGAAACGAUGUUUUGGUCCACGUUCUUUGUGUUCUUCAGCGUAAGUUUUGACUCUACUGUAAUGAUUCACUUUUUUCAGCGAAGCCUCACCUCGAACGCCGAUGUGGGUACUUUCUGGAGGACACACUUACUAAGCAAGUUCUGAAGGGACAAAUUAUUUAUAAUAGGAUUGAUAGGGUCUUGUAUACUUGGGUUUAGAAAAGGUCCUGCUUCAGAGGAUUACCCCUGGAAUAUGAUGAGAAUUCAGGAUUCUUUUGCUUUGUUUUACAAAGCGGUAGGCAAAAUAAGGCGUUAUAGGGGAAACACGCGAAUGGUGAUAAAAAAUUGAAGAUUUCUGGGUUGUAGCGACAUCAAAUUUUGAUCUCAAAGGCCGAUGAAAAAUCAGCAAUGUUUGGCAACUUUUGAUAGUUUUCCAAGGCGUUUUAUUUUUGAUUUUUUGAGACCAGGAUAAAAAUAAAAAAUGGGUCAAGUCUUUCCCUUACAGGUCAAAUUUUGGUCAAGUCUUUCCCUCAUUGAUUGCAUUUGAAGUUAAACUUAAAAAAUGCUAAAAAUGGGUUUUUUUGAAUAAAAAUUAAGAAGAUGAAAGCUGAGUUUUGUAUGCAUAAUGUUUUUUCGCAUUCCAGGACCGAAUGGUACAUCCCGGACAGUAUAGAAUUCAGCAAGAAGGUGUUGACUGGCCUCCAUAAUAUACAACUUCUCCUCCCUUUGAUCCAGUUGGAUGAUCCGUUUUUCAAACCGGAAAGGAGAUUUGCUUAUUCGAAUGUUCCGAUACCGAAGACAACUACUACUAAAAAAACGACGACAACAACGACUACUACCACGACAACUACCAAGACAACAACGCCUACGCCGACGACGGUAAUGACUACGACAUCACAACCGACGACUACGAAUAUCACCACACCGGCGACUUCGACGGCGACGAUGACGAUUAGUAAUAUCAGCGAAUCUAGCAUGAAUACUACAAUGUCUACGAUGAAGACUAGUAGCCCCACUGUAGUCAAUAACACAACUACAGCUGCGAAAUCGAAGGAGGAAGCUCAAGAGGGGCCAGAAAAAGAACCAGAUAGCUCUCGGAAGAUAGAGAAUUACAUUACGUUCAUAAUGAUUGUCAUUUACCUUCUGUGGAAUUUGUAA